GUCACCAGUAUGUAAUCAGAUUAAUGUACUGACCAAUUGAACAUGAUCGAGAAAAAUUAAGAAUGUUUUGUAGAAUUCUCUCAGUGGGAAUUCAGAACAUGUUUGAUUUGAAGUAUGAUAAUCAAUGUUUAUGAACAUCGCGAUAACACGUCAUUCCCGACAAGUCAUACUUUAGGCCUACGUAGGCUUCACAGAGUUUGACCCCGAGAAAUGUGGGCGAUCCCAUGUCUUGGGAUUAUUGACUGUUGAUCGGUGAUCAAAUCACUUCCUGCUUGUGUUCGAUAAUCUUGGGGAAAGGGAAAGACUUUCUUCACUUCCAGGUCCUACGGAGUAGGGUCUACUAGAGUUUUGUUUUCAAUGCUUACAGACUGGCUUCAUGAAUGGUGGACCAAAUUAUACUUUGUGCUACUCAGACCAAUGUUGAAGUGGCUUUUGAGGCACGUUACUGGAAAAUGUGAACUUUUGAGAAUCACCUAUGAAGAGUCAGACAGAGUAUCACGAACCAAGCGCAUUGAAUCAUCCCUGAACUACUCAAGCAGUGUUGAUGUACGGAGAUGUGCGACUGACAGCGACUAUGACAUAUCAGAGUCUGUGUCAAAUCUGAUGAAGUUGAAAGAUGUUGUACCCGAAGUACACACUCAAUUUGAACCAACUCUAAAAGACAGCCUACUUCGCAUCCGAGCAUACAAUAAAAUUUUGAAGGAGGCCGAGGCUCUACGUACCACCAAAUAUGACGCAGAAAAUAAAGCACAUGAGAAGCAGCUUACUGAGCUGUGGAGCCUAUACAAAAGUGAUGUGCCAUUGCCUCAACGUGUUGGACCACACUGGCAGGAGUUGGGUUUUCAAGGUCAUGACCCAAAGACAGACUUCCGUGGGAUGGGCAUGCUGGGACUACAACAGCUGACGUUUUUUGCCGUCAAUUACCCUGAGUCAGCAGUUCGAGUCUUUUCACAGUCACAUCAUCCUCAAUAUGGGUUUUCAUUUGCCAUUGUGGCAAUAAAUAUCACUGGCAUGGGCUUUGAACUAUUGAGAAAACGAAAGUUACGACCUCAUUUUUACAGCAGUGAGAAAGCAGAACCUGAUUUGACAGACUUUCACCAUGUUUACUGUUACUUACUCCAUGAUUUCACACAGUUCUGGUUGUCGGAGAAGCCCAAAGACAUCAUGGAGUUCAGCCGUCUCCACAACAAAUUUCUCAAGCAAGUCAAGCAGAAGCUGAAAAGUGACAGCCCAACACUGAGGGCAGCUUUUCAAGAAGAUUCGUCCUAAAAUACCGUUGUGAAACAGAGCAUGCAAGAGCAUUUAAGAUGUGUGGCUCUGUCAUGUUUCCAGAAAGUAUGUUAAGUUUGGUGAAGUAGUACUAUACCAUUUUAAUCUGAAAGUGGUUUUGUUAGAAUCAUGUUUAUCGAAAUGAAAUCUCCUUUGGAUCUUGCCUUUUAUGAAAAUUCCUCUCAAUGCCUUCUUCCGAUGCCUGUGAAUAUGACUGACAAAAUAAUUUUUUCUUGAAGUUUGAAGUGAUCACCAAGAGAAAGUUCUCACAUGAAUAAGCUUUCUCUUCUUUACUGGGUGUAGCUUUUCAUCUUUGGCCACAUUCGUAAAAUAAAAUGUUUAUCCUGAAUAUUUUCACCAUGCCCAUAAUUCAGUUCAGUUUUGAGUAGAAAAAAGCUCCAGGACUAAACAAUGGCCUUUUUAUAGGGAAAGAAAAGAGGUAGGACUGAAUGGCAUCUGUGAUGUAAUGGUUAGUCUCUUCACUAUUAUAUACUGAGGUAUGAGUUUGAUUCCCAAUCUGGAAAAAUAAUUUUAUCAUGUAUUUUGGUCUAUCUGCUGGAAUACUGAAGUCUACCCAACACAGGUUGACUCUGAAUCUGAAUAAUGAGUUUGAACAGUCUGUCUUCUAAGUGAUAUUUUUUGUGUGGAUGGGCCAGAAAACUUUUAGAAUCAAUCAGAGAUUCUUCUGACAAAUGCUGUUAUGUUCGCAGUAUAGUCGAACGAGCAAUCUGUGUUUUAUUGUAUUCUGGACUGGAGGUUAGAGCUUGUAAAUAUGAUUGCCUUUCUUUCUUAUUUUUGGUUAUGGUUACAUAGAUUGGAGUGAUGACUAUGUUGUGGUAUAUUCGAAUGUAUCUGUCGGGUUAAUAGCUUUCUUCAGGUGGCGGGUGGUUGGUGGGUGCUCUGGUGUGGUUUGUUCCUUCUUUCCUUUCAAACUUUUAAUGUCCUGAUCUCUCCUCCUUUUUUGUGUUUGUCAUUCUCUCAUAACACCUCAGCAUUUAUAUGACCUUAUUGUGGUGCAAGUGCCAUAAAACUCUUACAAGAACUAACUUUCCUCGGGUGCUAGAGUUCUGGUAUGAGGAAGACAUUUUGCUGCCUCUAGUGCUGCUACUCAGUAGAGUAACGAAAGGAAUCGUACUUUUUUCUGAUUGUAUAGAGAAUUUAUAGGAAUUAGAACUUACAGUAUUUAUAAAUAAAUGCUUCCUUGAAAAAAGCAUAGCUCCAUUUAUUCUUGUUUGUACUGCUCCAAAUAUGUCCGUUCAGGUAGUGAUCAAACAUGUUGUUUGCAUAUGUGGCCCGUUUUGUGACUCAGUCUUCAUAUUCUGCUGAAAUCUAGGUUAUAGUGAAAUGCUGUGUACACUCAUAGUGUCAGAGUCUGUGGUGUAGUGGAAAGAUGUCUCACCGUCGCACGUGCAAGAUCUGAAUUCGAUUCCUGUAUAGGGAACAUUUUAAUCGAAUAUCUCGGUCUUCCUGAUGGUACUUUGCAUCCUUCUUAGCCUGGGUUGACUCUGACAAGCAUGGUGGAAGCCUGCCACCCGAAUGAUGGAAGUUGUACAUUUUUCACACUUGUCAUUUGAUAUCAUUUUUAUGAAACUUCCAUUCAUAUAAUAAUUAAAAAAUUGUUGACGUUUGCACUAGAUCAGUUCUAAGUGUUUUGUCGAAUGUCCUUUCUAACGUUGAUUUUGAAACAAUUUUUUUUUUAAACUUCACACAAUACCACAGGGCCGGUUCUGCUUAUUGUUGUACUUCUUCUCUUUGCUGUUUGUCAGUAAGUAGGUCAAGUAAGCUCAAACUACUAGACCAGUGUUUGUCAACCUUUUUAAAGCCUGCGCCAACUUUUGCCAACUUUAAGAGGCAAAAAGUUUUCCUACCUCCCACCUACAUGUCUUUCCAAAUCAGGCAUUUUACAAAACCCUUGACAAUCCAGAGAAUCUCCACCACCCACCAAAGUGACCAAAUCACCUGCUAAUGGAUGAUACUGCACGGGUUGGCAAACACAGAACUAGACUAUCCUGGUUGUGGUUGACGCUCUUGCCAGAUUGGGUACUUUUCUCAGGUACUGCACAAGAAAUAACUUCGGUCUUUCCAUUCAGGACAGGAGGGGAGUGACAGGGCAGGGCGGGGGAUUCUGCAGUCCAGUUCACAAAGUAUAUUGCAUGUACCGUAUUCUUUGUUGAAAUUUCUUAUGCCCUCCCCGUAAUUUUCUGCACACUAACUCCUACUUUGAAAUAAGUAGGAGUUUAUUUUUCGAGGUGGUCCGAGAAUGUGUCAUUCCCCUCCAUGUUUGUCUACUGUCUCGAAUUACUUCCAGAUUUACCGCUGUGAUAAAGCUAACCACUUAUGAUGAGUCUGCUUUUGUUCCUUCAUUACCGGUAUCCCCACUCAUUUGAACCGGCACGUGAUGCAGUUUCUGCUUUUUUCUGUAUGUGUGUAUGUGUUUGCGAGAUUUUCAUGCAGGGAAGAAUUCUCAAUUGUUUCAGUCAUAGCUCUAUGUUUUAUGUCAUUUAAAAAAUUAUCUUGUUUUUUGCCUUUCUGGCUAAUUCUAGUAAUUGUGCUAUUUAUUAAACUUGAUCAUUCUUUUUUUUUGUCUGCUGUGUGGCAAGCUCAGUGCACAUUAGCCUUCUCUGUGGGUGGUUAGCAGGUGCUCUGGUGUGGUUUGCUCCUUCUUUCCUAUAAAAAAUCUAUCGUUUCUAUCUCCCCUUCUUUCCUAUAAAAAAUCUAUCGUUUCUAUCUCCCCUCCUUCUUUUUUGUGUUUGUUACUCUUUUGUAACACCUCUAAUCUUCGAACUUAUAUGGCCUUAUUGUGUUGCAAGUGCCGUAAAACUCUUACUAAAACUAGCCUUCUGUGUGUCUCUCAGAUCUAGCUGAACUGGUCAUUCAUCAACAGGAUUUCAUUUUAGUCUCAACUUCUGAAUACUGAUUGACUAGCUGAAAGUUUUGUAUCCAAAGGAAAUUCAGGUGUUCUGCGAUCGAAAUCUGCCAGGUGAUUUAUGUAAAGAGACAGUUGCAUAUGUUGAGUUUUGCGAUACUAAAAGCUGCAGGAAACAUUUUAAUAUAGUAUUUUCCUUUCAAUCUUUUCUUUACCAUUUUUCAAAUGCGUAAGGAUGGUUGGCGGAAUGCCUAAGGAUGGUUGGCGGGCACUUUUUUGUUUUGCUUAGUGAUCUCUGUUGUCACUAAACAAAACAGAACAAACUUUACUUGAACAUUCAGUUCCUGUAAACAUCAGCUGUUUGGGAAUUUUUUUAAAGAAGUAGUGUAAACAUUUGCGAAAUAUUUUAGAACCCUCAUGGUUUUCCACUAGUUAGGUAGGCCUACUGUAAAACUGAGUAUGACUUUUGCUUUGCUAUAAUUUUGAUUUUUGUUUUUUACAUAGAUUUCUGCUGGAUUUGCUUUUCUUGGAAACUCCAGUAUUGUAUCUCUAAUGGGAAACUUGAUUGCAUGCGGUAAAAUUGAUUGUUUGUGAGUAAUUUAGCAUGGUCUAUUUUUCCUACCCCUUUUUAUUGUUACUGUUUUCAUAAGCUGUGCCCGAUGAAUUGUAGCUAUUGUUCUGCCAAUCACUAUGUGGUGAACCUAGUCAUUAUUGGAAUCAAAACUGCGUGUGUCUCUUAUUUUGGCUAGAUGUGUUCACCAUACAGGAUUAACUUGUGAAAGUGUCUUCUCGUGUGUAGAUCAGUGUUUGUCAACCUUUUUGUAGCCAGUUCCCUUUUUUGUCACUUUUCAGGGGCUGCAAUUUUCAUACCACCACCUAUAGUAUAUUUGCAAGCAGGCCAUGAAAUAACACCCAUCACUACCAGGGAGAUCUCCUCUGCCCACCUACAUUACCAAAUCACUCAUCAGUGGAUGAUACUGCUCAGGUUGGCAGGCACUGAUGUAAACUUACUCACCUUUGCAUAAUUUACCAUAAUAUCAAUAAUUCCGCUUCUUGCUGGUGACAAUUCCGGUGAAGAAUAUUCCACAGAAUGGGCUGUAAUGUCAGUGAAGUUCUGAAGUGAAUAGCAGAAAGAGGUUCCUAUCAGUCAUUAUGAAAUAUUGGUGUGAAAGGAAGUGCAGCUGAUUUUAAUUCUUUUUAAAAAUUUUUAUGCCAACUAUAUAUGGAAAGCAGCACAAGUUGUUUCCCCUUCUUUACUGCUCCUCUGCUUCUUCUGUCUGCUGUUUUACUUUAUCUCAGGAAAAUUUGAAGGUCGGUUUUUUUUAAUGUGCUCGUCUUCUAGUCAGACUUGAGGUUUGACACUUAAUAAUAAUUGAGCCUCUGUUGCUCCUUUUCAUUCUGCUCCUAGAGGCGUGCGAUGAGGCGAUCUUGUAAGUAAUACUUUUAGGGGCUGUCUGUGGUCUGUUGAGAAAGGACUGUUGGCCUCUGUUCUUCUGCUUGAAAGACAAGUUCCCCAGCUCUUUAUUCAGCCUUGGAAUUAUAAUGGUUUUUUUGUGAUAGUAAUUUAAAAUGAGAUUUGCAUAUUGUGCUGUUUAUUGUUGGGCGAGUCAUCAAUGUAUGUCCUUAUUUUGCUUCGACUACAGAUAGUGGAGAAGUACAAAAAUGUUUUUCAUCUCCUCCUGAGAUUGGUUUAGAAGAAUAGAUUGGAAUACCUUUGCUUUCCAUGCUUGUUUUUUAUAAAUCAAAAUUUGGGGAUUUUGAUAUUAUAUUUGAAAUUUGGCACUCCCCGCAUAGUGUGUCUUAGCUUGCUGUCUUGAAGUUGUGAUAUUUCCUGUGCUCCUUGCUACUACAGUGGCACAAACUGAAAUCUGUAGAACUAUUGGAUUUCAUUUGGUUUAUUAACAACAGUGUUUUCGGUUUUGAGAGAUUGCUCUUAUAGCGAGGAAAAAAAUCAGGGAUUCCAUUCUCUUUCAGUUCAUCUGCCGUUUUCGGAUAAAUCGUGUUUGUUUUAAGCAGACUACUGUAUUGUGAUAGUCAGUAGAAAAUGAUUCAAGAUUUAUCCUGAAAGUAAGCUGUGUAUGCUGGCUGUGUUCUUUUCCCUUAGAGCGAAUGAUCACAAAUGAGUUGUGUCUUUGUUAGAGCAGCUGGUAUGUAUUACGGGAGGACAAGCCUGGCUCUAGAUGCUGAAAGGGCAUUCUUAAGACUGGGUUAUUUGUAGAGGUUUUGCAGCUUUUUGCCAUAUAUCAGAAUAGAUGUCUGAUAAGAGGUCCUGCCCCCUGAGUAAUUUUUCUGUACCAGUAAGGUUGUUGUACCCAUACCGCACCACCAAGGAGCAGGGAUGAUGUAUCUCUUCUAAAACACGUUAUUCGGGUGUAUGUGUUGUGAAUAUUAAGACCUGCCUUAAUUUUCACCUCUCCGUAGCGGUCACAUUUACUAAUGGUCACUGUACCUUGACACCCUUGUAUUUUUCCUAUAUUUUCUACCUGUCCAUGGCAGUCCCUGUUCAAUGCAACCACUGUAAGUCAUUUACUCGUCAGGUCACCUUAAAAACUGCUCAUAGCAGUCAUUUGCUACAGAAAUUUUGUGCCUACCCAUAUGCCAUUCUUAGACUGAGUGUCUGAAGUCAGUCAGUGCAAAGAAACUCUCGAUAGAUACCUAUGUUUAUGGAAUUAAAUAGAACAAUAAAAUUAAGAUUUCCAUUUAUCAAAACUCAGACCCUGUCCAUGGUAACCACUUGUCUUUUGUGGUCACUUUUCCCUGUGAUCUUGGGUAACUGUUAUGGGCAGUUUCGACUGUAAUUCAACGCCUGUCAUGACUGAGGGUAUUUUUGUUAGUUCUAGCCUUUAUUGGCAAUACCUCACUCUUUUCUUUGAAAGACAAGUUUUCCUGUUUAAACACUGGAAGCUUUAGAAAUGCCUUCUUGUAUUAUCCCUUCUUUAACUUUAACCUUUCUCGAGUCCAAUUAGGGUAAGGGAGAAUACUGAGUGUUUUGUUUAUUUCUGUCUUCUACAACUGGUGACUGAAUACUUAGAUUCCGUCCCUUGAAAGUGUGGAUGGUUUGUGAGAUUUAACCAGAAUGCAUGCCAUGAGAUGUAGAUCUAGUUCUCGUGGAUUGUUAAAGAUCAUUGUCAGUAAAGAUUUUUUGGGGUUGUUUUUUUUAUUUUUUAUUACAUGAAUUUGAGAUGCGACAGUACAAGAUGUUGAAAAAACCGAACCCCACAGCUAACAAAACUCUUUAGUGCAAACACGAGUAUUCCAAGUUCACAACACGGAGUCCCUUAUUAUAUAUCUUUAUGCCUCUAUACUAUAAGUGUUCUCUUUCCAUGUUAUGUUAUUGUUUUUUUUUAAAUUCUAAAUGAGAGACUGCUUUCUCAACAUGAAAAACAAAAAUGAUUAGUGAGUUGAGUGCAUGGUCAGUGUGCACAGCUCCUUUGACGGAACAUUAUUAAUUUAGUAUGGGUUGGAGAAAAUUCAUUUCACAGAUAAUGAUAAUAAUUCACAAUUGUGUUAAUUAUUGCUUUCCUUCAUAUUCACAUCUUUUUUGUUUUUUUAAAUAUUUUAAAAGUGAAUUCUGUCCCAGUGUUUGCAGCUGUAGCUAGUAUUAACAAGGUUUAUAACUCCUUUUCCACCUUGGAUGUUAAAGGUCGUCAUCAUCAUUUUCAUUGUUGUUCAUUGUUAUUAUUAGUUGUAUUUUUUUUUCUUUAAUUUAUUUAGUUAUUAUUUUUUAAAUAUUUUUUAAAAUCGUGGUCAUUUGUAGACCAGCAAAUUUUAUUGAUAAGAGAAAAUGAAUAUUAUAACAGCUUUCUCAAAAGUUGUCCUUCGAUCAAGUAUGCUAUUGACUGUAACUUCUGUCAAAGUAAGUAUAACUUCACUUAUAUCACAUUGGACUUGUCAGUUUGGCACUGGUGCAAUAAAAUAUUUUGAAAGUACAA